AUGUCAUUCCACCCCACCCAAACCUGGUACCCAUCAUUCCACGACAUCCAGCCAAAUCCCAACUCACCUUUCAGCAAUGCUACUCCCUCAAUCCUCGAUAUCCCUUUGAAUUCCCAAGAAACACAGUAUAGAGAGAUUUGCGGUAUGUUAAAAUAUACCCAAGACAACACGAGACAAGUUACGAAAGACGAGAAGAAACACGCACGAGCACUUCGUGUCGCAUUGGUGAGAUUGCGUGUGGGAGGGGGGGAGGGAAGAGAUGGGAGGGAAAGAAUGAGGAAAGCGGUUGUGUUGCGGAAAGUAGUGCGGUCGCAUCAGGAGUAUAAGAAGAAUUUGUUGGUGUGUGAAGGUGUGUUGUGGAGGAAGGAACAUGAGUUGAAGAGGAUGUUGAGAUUGCGGGUGAGGGAGAAUGGGAAUGCGGAUUAUUAUGAGGGGAGAAAUUGGUGGUUUGUGGCGGGGGAAGAGGAAAGUGAUGAUGAGGAUGAGGAUGAGAAUGGCGAGGGUGAAGAUGAUGAGGAUGAGGUGGAUGAGGUAGAUGAGGUAGAUGAGGAAGAUGACGAGGAUGGGGAAGAGGGAAUAGAUGAGGGAGAUGAAGUUGAAGGAACGGAGGGAAUGGAAUUAGAGUGCUGGAGUGAGGAAGAUGAGGAUUUGGAAAUGGAGAUGGAAGGAUGA